CUUGGAACAAAGGGGCAGAGGGAUUCCGGUCCCGGGAGUGUCUGCAGUCCAGGAGGGGCUGAAAGCUCCAGAGUGAGCCCUGAGAUAGAAUGAGAGGGGAAGAAGAGAGCAGCUAGGCGCUCCGAGAAGGGGAGGAAGUGGGAGAUGCGCUGCUUCCUGUAGAAGGAACAUGACUGAAGACAAAGCUGGGUGGGGACUAGUCCCGGGGCUGCAGGCGCCGCUGCCACACACACGGCGGCUGCCACUCCGCGGGCAGCUCGUACUACUGCUGCGCGGCGCUGGGCUGGGCUGGGCUGGGCUGGGCGGGCAGCGCGGGGCUCCCCUGCACACAGCGGCUCCGCACGGAGGAGAAGAGCCACUUUUCUCUGACCAGCUUCGGGAGCUAAGCCAGAAUUGCCAGUGAGCCUCAGGCUUUGGAAACUGAAGAGGGAGGCGGACAAGCCCAGCCGACAUCCCGAUGGCGAGCAACAAUACCGCCAGCAUAGCUCAGGCCCGGAAGCUGGUAGAGCAGCUGAAGAUGGAAGCCAACAUUGACAGGAUAAAGGUGUCCAAGGCAGCUGCAGACUUGAUGGCCUACUGUGAAGCGCAUGCCAAGGAAGAUCCCCUCCUGACCCCUGUUCCGGCUUCAGAGAACCCAUUUAGAGAGAAGAAGUUUUUCUGUGCUAUCCUUUAAGUCUUCACUAAGAGCCUGAAGAGCCUCAGCUCCUGGGACACUGAUGUAGAGUUUUUAGCAAAGUGGGCGCCUUUCUAGUCCACAGCAUUUAAAGAGAGAAAGGAGAACCAUCCUGAAAACUCCAGGCUGUGCAUGUUUAAAGAACUGGUCGGUCCCCUUUAUGAGAAUGAAGCUGAUCUGCAUCUUGAGUUAAGAGAUCUGCUAUCUGCAGAGCUGCCUGGAGGAGGGGAAUAUGUAAAGAUAAAAUCGGUGUCAUUUCUUUUCUGCUUUACCUCCCCAAACCUUAUGUUUCUGCUUUAUAUUUAAAAAAAUAAAAAUUAAAACAGACAGCUGUACUGAGCUGAGCUAUGUAUGACCUUCUUGGACGUAAUAUUGCCUUUAGAAUACCCUUUGUAAGCUGAGUUGUCCAAUGUGGCUGCAGUCUGGUUUAAUCGGAUUGAUGUUUAGUCCUUGUGUCUUUUUCUGUUUUCCUUCUCCCUUCCCUGUCCUUCUUCUCAUCCCAACUAGAGUAGUACAGGGAUAAAACUGGAUUUGUAUGUAAGCCUGACCCCAAGGAUGAGCACCCGAAUGUUUAGGGAGCUGCUCCCCAUGGUUUACCCUCAUGGUAAGAACAACAAAACAUGUUGGUUGUCUGUGUUCUCUUCCCACAAUCCCUAACAUCUGUACAUGAUAGCUUUUAUUCUGCAAGUAAAAGUAAACGUGUUGUAACUGGUGCUUUCAUAUUAUUUGUGACCAUUUUUGAGUAAUACUGCAUGAAAGUGGCCCUGUGUUACAUCCAUUCAGAAGUUUUGUUGUUUUACUGAAAGGCUUGGAGAAAGAAUGAGAGAGAAAAGAGGCUGGAGAGGAAAAACCUCAGUACCUUGAAAACUGAAAUUACUGCAGAGCCUUACCCAUGCCUAAAUACCUCCUAGUUAACAGUGUGUAAACACCUCUUCAACAUAUUUUUCAGAAUCCAAGGCAUUUUGGUUUUAUCCAGGAUCCAGGGCAAGACAAGUACUGCCAAACAGAAGAGGGGAAGAUUCAUUGUUUGUUGGGAGGGUCUUGGGUGGUAGAGUAAGGGCAGAUUCCCUUUUUCCCUAAAUCAUGGGAAUUCCAGAUGGAAAGGACACUUUCUACACUCUUCUUAAUAAGAAAAAUGUGGCCCUUGUUUGUAGAAGUAUCAGGAGAAAUAAGUCCAUGGCUCCAGAGAAGACCCAUUCUCAGAAGCGUGGCUGCUCACCGGCCGGGGUGAAAGGGGCAGGUUUCACCCCGCAACCAGCUCCACCGCAAAGGGUGCUGGCUCUUCUCGCCUCUGAGAUGGUCUUCAGUAUUUCACUCACCAAAUUUUUCAGUAGAAUCUUUUCUUUCUUUUUCUUUCAAACAGCUCUCCACCCUGUUUGUUAGGGUCUCUCAGUCUUUACACACAACUGCCUUGCAGCUAGAGCGCUCUCUUCCCAAGAGAUGAUACUGAAAAAGUAUCAUUUUUCCUCACAGCUCUAGCCUCCAUCAGUAAAGGAAGACUCUGGAAGCUUGUGCCAUUCCCAAGCAGAGGAGGGCCUCUCUUACAUCUCCGUGUUUGCUUUGAAAUCCCAAAAGACUUUUUCCAAAUUAAUUUUAUUCUCCCCCUCCCAUUUAAAAAAAUGAAAACAAAAAAGAGAUGAUGAAAGAGGAAAAGCAAAGAUAAAAAGACUUGAUACACUGAGAAUGGAUUUUGAAGCAGCCUUGGUAAAUAUUUCCCUUAGCUCUUUUUAUGGGUACAAUGGUAGAAGAGUAAGUAGAUCCAAUUAAAGCUCACGGGCCUGGAGCAGGGACAAGAGAAUACUGAGAUAUUUGUGAAGUGUGUGAAUGCACUUCUGUAACCAGACACUUCUGUUCAGCCCUUGGGAUUCUGUUACAGUCAGUGGAACAUUGAUGAAGAUUUAAAGGGGAAAAACUCUGGCAGAAUAUUGAUUAAACUACAGUAUUGCACCAUUCAUUUGGUAGUACUGUGGAAUCAGCUAAAAUUGUGUCACAUUUUUUAAAUGAGCCAAAAUAUGAAUUAAAUUAAAUAUGUGGUAACAUAACAGCUGUGAAUAAAGCACUCUUUGGUGGUAAUUAAGGUGUCAUUAUAAGAUCCUGAAGAUUUGUUCAUGAUCCACACCAUUUAUUUUUCUCAAAGUGACUAUAUUUUCAUGUAAAUCUAGAUCUUUGGAGCAAUUAGAAUGGAAUAAAAGCUUUUAGGAAGCACCAUAAUAUGGCUCUGCUUAUUACAAGUUAAGGCAGUUCCAAACCACUUGUGACCUUGUUUAUUGAAAGCAGAGAGAAGACAGAAAAUACACAGUCCAUCUGAAAUCAAUAUAAAUGUUUUGGCUUUUUCAUAAUGUCAUGUCCUACAGUGUGAAACUAAUGCCAGUCUUUAUAUGAGUUUUGGCUUAUUGGUCUUUCUACUUGCUAAGGGGGGAAAAUUUUUUUUUUGAUUACUUAAUAAGCCUCUAAAUAGCUUUAAUUAUUUUAGAAACUCAAUAAUCAUUUUCACCAGCAUAAUUUUAUCUUAAGGGGUAGCUAAUAGGAAAACUUAAUUAUUCAAGGCCCUAAUUUCUGUAUAAUGCAUUGGAUAGUAAUGAAAAUCUGCCAUGGAAUUAGUUCAAAAGAAAAUCUUGCAUCAUCCUUCAGUAUUAACUCUGAUUUCUUUCUUUUUCUUUUUCAUUUUCAACUUUAAACAAAGUACUAUUUAAAUCAGAGAUUUCAAAUAAGUUCUUGGAUCUGAGGCUAAUUUUGCUAAUAGUAUUUGAAAGAAAUUGCUUACCAAGGAAAAAUUUUAAAUAAAUACUCAACAUAUAUAUUCACAAAUAGAAUUUUGAGAAAUCAAGCAUGCUGAGGGAAUUUUUGUAUUUUUUUUCUUUUUUUGGCUCUAGAUGCUCCUGGCAAUGGUAAGUUGGUACAUAUACAUUAAUGUUUUCCCAGCCCAACCAAAAAUUGUUCACAUUUUUCCUAUAAAAAUUUAUGGAGUGUGUCUUUCAAAAAGAGGGAUACAUAGAAAUGUUAAAGCAGGAAAACCUGAAUGUGAUGUGUACAUUUUCAUCCCACAUGGAUAAUGCCCACAUGAAUAAUGUAUUUGUUUUAAUAAAUGGAAUUUUCAGAUUCAUUGCA